GUCUCAUUCUGUCUUGCAGAAAGGUAUAGUUGGUUAUUAAAAUCAUUAAGUGAUUGUUAACAUAAUAUAAGGGAAAAGUAUUUUUAAGAUGCCGAAAAUUCAUUGUACUUAUGAAGGACUCAUUGCGCCCGUGUUUACUCCAUUAAAUAAUGAUAAAAAUCAAAGUUUAAAUUUAUCUGUAAUUCCUAGUUAUGCUAAAUUUCUUAAGUCCAAAAAUAUUAAUGGUAUUUUAGUUAAUGGCACUACUGGAGAAGGUACAUCUUUAACCAUUGAUGAAAGGAAAAAAGUGACUGAAGCUUGGGCUACCAUUGUUAAAGAAACUAAUCAGUAUCUAAUGGUCCAAAUCGGUGGAGCAUCUAUAAGAGACGUCAAGGAACUUGCUGAACAUGCCGAAAGCUUAGGUGUUAAUUCUAUUUUAUGUUUGCCCGAAUUAUAUUUCAAACCUAAUACCGUAGAUGACCUUAUUGAAUAUUUACGACUUAUUGGAGAAUCUGCUCCAAAAACCCCAUUAUUAUACUAUGAUUUCCCGAAAGCUUCAAUGGUCAACAUUAAUGUAGAACAGCUUUUUAAACUGGGUAGCGAAAAAAUACCAACUUUUUCUGGAAUUAAAACCGAUUUAGAACGCGGUUUACAAGCAAGACGAGCUAAUAAUACCGAUUUAAAAAUAUUUCUUGCUGGUGACAUGCUGAUGAUUGGUGGCUGUGCUGCAGAAUUCGAUUCAUAUAUAAUGACAAGUUUAAAUUUUAUAGCUAAACCUGCUUUUGAUUUAUUAGAAUUUGGUAAAGGUAGUAAUAACUUAAAUAACGCUCGACAAAAUCAGAAUUACAUUAAUAAAAUUAAUAGUGCAAUAACUAGCUACGGUACAUGGGUUGAAACAAUGAAAAUUGCUAUGAGCUUAAUCACAAACUUAUAUAUGGGGCCACCACGAGCGCCACUUAAAUUUCUUACGAAAGAAAGUAUUGAAGCAAUGGAUAAAGACUUAACCAAGAUCGGACUUAAGACUAGCAAGACUAUGCUACUUAAAUGA